AUGAUGUAUCGUUACUACUCUGUGAGUGCGGGUAAUAGUGAGAAAUCACAGAGGGGGAAGCACAUGAUGGAUGGAAGCAACCACGUGGAUAACCCAGCAAUUUACCCCUCUAACCAUCACACUGCAUGCUUCGCCCAUUGGCUGAGCGCCAUCCCGCUUCCCGACAAGGUAAAGCUAAACCUAACUGCCUACGUAACCCUAUCAAGACUGCACAUCCCAACAGGGGUACACCUCCUCCUGAACUCAGCCCUAUAUGGCUACUUCCUAACCCUCCCAGUAGAAAAUCUUUUCACCCCAGGGAAUGAACUAAAUUGGGAGAGCAUAUACAAAAUAGGAAGAGACAUCAGCCUGUUUGCCUUUGGAAGUCUGAAUAGCCGUAUCGUUGGUUGUAUAAUUAAUGACCUGUUUGAUAGAAAAUAUGACAAGCAUGUUGAAAGAACAAAGAAUAGGCCACUAGCAAACAACACAGUGACUACAGCCAGGGCAUUUACCUACCUAGGUCUGCAUUCCGCGCUCUCUCUCGUAACUCUCUUUCAGUUUAGUACACAGACGAUAUACACAGGGUUACUCUCUACCGCUUUCAUUAUUUCGUAUCCGUUAAUGAAAAGAAUAACAUACUACGCACAGGUCUAUUUAUCGAUCACUUUUAACCUUGGCUUCUUAAUUGCUUGUACUGUGAAUAUAGAUCUAGCUACGAAUGUGCUUCCUCUCUGUGUGAGUUUUUUACCUUUGUGUUAUUUGACUAUAAUAUAUGAUACGAUAUAUGCUCACCAGGAUAAAUGGGAUGACAUAAAAUUGAAUCUGAAGUCAUUGGCUAUAAAAUGGGGUGAUAAAACACUAAUGUAUUCGAAGCUGUUAGCUAUUAACAUGGUCUAUCUGUUUUAUUUAUCAGGGUACCUCUUUGAUAUGCACUAUUCUUACUAUAUGAUGUCGACGUGCAAUGUGCUUUACUUGCUACAUUGCAUUAGUAAGACUUCUUUGGAUGACAAGGAGAAAUGCAUGACCUUUUUUAAAAACAGCAAGAAUAUACUGAUGCUCUUUGCUCUCUCUGCAUUCGUCGCCAAGGGGUGCCAGGCGUACCAGAGGUUGGGGACGGAAACCCAAAGGGAAGAUGCUCCCACAAACGAAGAAGAUACCCGCAGGGGAGUAACGCAGGAAGGGACCACUUGA